GACUGCUUCUUCAUCAGGGCUUUAAAAUCAAAGAUAAAAGUAAGAAAAAAGUGGGGUUUUUUUACGGAUACGUUGAUCUAGCCUUAUAUACCAUGGCGUGUCUUGCUGCGAUUCUUGGUCUCAUCAUUUUUUCAGGAAUCAUGGAUCUCUCAGCAGCAAACAAAGACACGUGUGAUCUGUAUGCCUUAGUUGGACAGAGUCUAACUCUGCCGUUUGUCUUUGAGGGACUUGCAAACGUACAUGUGCUGAGAUGGACUCAUAAUAAAACGAUCAUUUUGUACAAACAUCAGGGCAGAGUGACUGUUGGAAAACCAGAGGACAUCUCUAAAACCGGAUCCCUUUUCCUGGAGAACCUUCAAUUCUCAAGUGCAGGGAUCUACCAAGCAGAUGUCCUGAAUCCCAAUCGUACACUGGCUUUAAAGUGGACUGGUCGUCUCUGUAUGAUGGACAAGGUGGCAAAACCUCAACUCACUUACAUCUGUGACCCCAAGACAAGGGCUGUUAUCCUAAAUUGCAAUGUAGCUAAUCCUCAGGAUUUGACGUUCUCAUGGACACUGGACCAGAAGACCUUAACAAGCGAAACAAAACAAACCCUGAGCAUAUCAUUGGCACAGCUUAAAGGUGUGUGGAGCUUUGCAUGUAGUGUGGCAAACAAAGUCAGCAAGGAGAAGAGUGACACUGUCCGUCCGACCUGUGAGAGUCCACCUCCACCACCUUUGUUCUGUCUUAAAUCCCAAAUUGUUCUAGCAGUGCUGGCAGGAGGGGCAAGUCUUAUUCUGCUUUUGCUCAUCAUAAUCAUCACAUUAUGUUGCCGCUACAGGCGCAUCAAAACACAAAUGAGACGCAGGGAUCAAGAGGAUCUUAGGAUGCUUUCUCUAAACAAACUCAAGCCUAACAUCAGCCCAGAAUAUGAGACAAUGCACCCACCUGAGGACUAUCCAACCGUGAGUCAAACUUCUUUACCCAAAGACUGUUAUGAGAAAGUUUCGCAGCCUGAAGCUCAGACUGAAAAGGAUCCUGCACAGCUGUCCGUAGAUGCCGAAGGACAACAACCUUCCCCUGUGCCGAAGCCGAGGACAAAGAGCCCCAAAACAGAAAACAUCUGAAGGUGCCUCCCGCUCUUACUAUCCCAGGAGCUAAGACCUAUAAAAGGCAUAUUUUUUUUACCUUGAUAAUGUACAACUUAAUCAAAACAAAAAAAAAUCAAAUUGAAAUUGUCUUCGUUACUUGUACACUUACAUAGAUGCUGUAAAUAGACAUUAGGAGCAUGAGUGUCUUUGGACAAUGGGCUUAAUCAUGAUAAAUGCUGUGGACCUGGGAGUUAGCAAAAUAUUAAUUUUCUCUGCAACUUCAACAUUUAUGUCAUGGCUCAGAUACGUAGAAUUUUCCUUAACCAAAUUAAGGAUGGGGGUUUAAAAUCACUGUGGGGAGAAAUUUCAAUAUUGAUGUAUUGUUUAUAAUUUACUAAGAUUACUGAUGGUCUUAUCUGCUUUUUUUUCCUUUGACUGUUAAGCCAAUAUUCUUCUGUGUUAUGAAUAAAGAUUUUCCAGACGUUGUGGAAAAAAAUCUGAAAAGUGUUGAACUGAACUUUUCACCAUCUGACAUAUUUUCAUAUAUUUACCAACACCUCUACUGAUACUUGCAUACACUUAAAUCGUUUUUCAAUGACGUUUCUGUCACAUACAUUAAUCACACUAUAUGUAUACAUGUAUUGUUAUUGAAAUGAAUAUAGUUGCCCAGAUCUUCUGAUUGUAUA